AUGAGUACAAAAAAGCUGUUGGCUCAUAGAGUCGAGUCAGUCUGCUGGCACUGCUGCCCAUUCUCGAGGCAACGACAACAGAAGACAUACUCUAGUCCAGCUUGUUGUAGGCGGGUUGACUGUCAGUUCAUCACGCGAUGCCUUGACCCUUGCCUUAAGUCACGGUCCGAGUUCUGUUGGUUGCUCCGGUUGCUACCGUGUUGUUGCUCGCACUCGGCUGGGCAGAGGAGACGGAGCCGAGUUACCUUUUAUCAACUCUCCUCUCUCACACGCAUUUGCGACACAGAACCAGACGGUUCCAGCCCGCUAGUAGAGAUUGGCCGAUGCAUCUCGAGCCGAAACACACGCAAACACACAGAGACGAUCUUCAAUCAGGCCAGGCCUGGUGAAGCAGGCGUGACGACAGUCUGCGGUGCCUACAGACAGACAGACAGACAAACAGCAAUGACUGUCAAUUGGUCACCAUGCCGACAGACAUUUGGUUCAUUUUUCCAUGUGUAUGCAUACAUAUUCAGCCUCGGGGGUGUGGACAGGCCCAAAGACCCACACACACGUACACACAGUCAAAGACACAGGCACACCGACGUCCACGUGCUUACCGGCAUGCCGGGCAGUCAGGGCUUUGCAUGUAUGAUCUCUUCUGCUUCCCUUGAGACGGCAACAGACCCUCGUCUUUGGAACUCGUCGCGACCGUAUCAGGUUGUAUCAUCCGGCCUUCUGGUAGAGCACUCUCUUGAGGAAUUAUCACUGACUGACUCGUCGUGUCUGUUGUGGCCUCGGGGGUACAGGAUAUGCCGUCAUGACUGCCACUGCCGCCACCUCCGAGCAGCCCCAAAUGAGGUCUCGCGCAGACCCUGUCGGCCUAUUGGCUCAUUUCAUCUUCCCACCCACCCAGCCGCCCAGCUCCACCUCCUGGCCUCGUCAGACUGCCCGGAUGCUGAAUGUCCUCCGGGCCGGCCUGGAGGGCUCCACAUGGUCUGCGACCUGAAGAAGACCAGUUACGUGAUGGCCAGACUGGGAAAACAGCCGGCCUCACUGUCGCCGGCCAAUUUGCUCUCGACAGAUCCCAUUGCCUCCGGUCCGCUCCGGCAGCUGGCGGCCACCAGCGCCAUCGGCCGAGGCCGAGGCCUCGAACUCGACCUCUGCCCCGACUCUGAACCCGAAACCCACCUCGGCCCCAACUCCGACUCCGACUGCGACUCGGACUGCGACUCCGACCCCGAACAGAGCCAUCCCAGCGAAGUCUUCUUCACCCCUCCCAUCGGCAGAAGCCAAACAAUGGAGCUGCCGGGCUCCCGGAGCCCAGCCAAAGUGGCCUCCAGCAGCAGCAGCGGAAUAGGCCCCACUCUUGGGUCUGUGCAGCCGAUCAACGGAGAGCGCAUGUCGCGUACCAACCUGUACAUAAAGGGUCUGCCAGACAACUUCUCUGAUGACCGGCUGUGGGGCCUUGUGCCUGACCCCGCUCAGGUCAGGUCAGUGAAGGCGGCCACGGAGGAGGACGAAAAGUGCCGAGGUAAUAGUGACAAGAGGACACAGUCUAGUUCAUGCUGCUAUUUUGUCGUAAAGCUCGAGUCCUAA